CUGACCUCGGCGCAUGCCCCCUCCUUCUCUCCGGCAGAGGACAGGUUCAACAUGGCUGCGUCCCUGAGGUGUUUUCUCCGCUCAGGAAAAGAUGUCGUGUCGGCGCUGGGACGGCGGGAGUUUCACAGGAGUGCUCCUGUCGCUGUGCAGGUGACGGUCCGUGAUGCCCUGAACCAGGCGAUGGACGAGGAGCUGGAGAGGGACGAGAAGGUGUUCCUGCUGGGUGAGGAGGUGGCUCAGUACGAUGGAGCCUACAAGGUGAGCAGGGGUCUGUGGAAGAAAUAUGGAGACAAGCGCAUCAUCGACACCCCAAUCACAGAGAUGGGCUUUGCCGGCAUUGCAGUUGGAGCCGCCAUGGCUGGCCUGAGACCCAUCUGUGAGUUCAUGACCUUUAACUUCUCCAUGCAAGCCAUCGAUCAGGUCAUCAACUCUGCAGCAAAGACGUACUACAUGUCAGCCGGUCAGCAGUCGGUGCCCAUCGUCUUCAGGGGCCCCAACGGAGCGUCCGCUGGCGUGGCUGCUCAGCACUCACAGUGUUUCGCUGCGUGGUACGGUCACUGUCCAGGUCUGAAGGUUGUGAGUCCCUGGAACUCAGAGGAUGCCAAAGGUCUCCUUAAAGCAGCGAUCAGGGACGACAACCCGGUGGUGUUCCUGGAGAACGAGCUGAUGUACGGCGUUCCCUUCGAGAUGUCCGAGGAGGCACAGUCCAAAGACUUCACCAUUCCCAUCGGCAAGGCCAAGGUCGAGAGGCAAGGGACUCAUGUGACUCUGGUGACUCACUCUCGGUAUGUCGGUCACUGUCUGGAUGCUGCUGUCGUCCUCUCCAAGGAGGGAAUCGAGUGCGAGGUGAUCAACCUGCGGACCAUCCGUCCUCUGGAUGUGGACACCAUUGAGGCCAGUGUGAUGAAGACGAACCACCUGGUGACGGUGGAGGGCGGCUGGCCUCAGUUUGGGGUCGGAGCUGAGAUCUGUGCCAGGGUCAUGGAAGGUCCUGCCUUUAACUACCUGGACGCUCCGGCCACCAGGGUGACGGGCGUGGACAUCCCCAUGCCGUACGCCAAAAUCCUGGAGGACAACAGCGUGCCACAGAUCAAAGACAUCAUCCUGUCCAUCAAAAAGACCCUCAAUGUCUGAGAAACACACACACGUUCACACACACGCAGCACAGACCAACCUGAACCCUCUUCGUCUUGUACGCACAGAUGGUGUAAACAUCGUCAGAUUAAGAAAAAAAAAACGACUACCAUGUGUAAAUACCGCCAAACGCUCCUUUUAAAAACGCUCCAGUUUGUAACGUUUUCCAGCCAGAUGUUGGUCACUGAAGCGCACAGAUGUUUUUCUACAUCCAGAGCGGUAGACACACAGAGUUCAGUCGAGUCGUCCACUCGUCUGUGAGAGGGGUUUCUAACUUGACUGAACUCUCUGUGCGGCUCUGGCUGCUCUCUCCACGUCAUCCCCGUCUUCUUUUAGGGAGUUCUAACAACAAAACCAUAGUGAGAUAAAAACAGAUGUUAGUAUUUGAUCAAUCCGAAGGUCUAAGAGGGAGCAGAGUUUCACAACAGGGUUUGUUGUUUGCAGAAUCCUGAACGUUUCACACAGAAAAGCUGAAAUGGUUUAUGUUCUACCUUUACUCUUAGACUACAUUUACAGAUUGAUGACGAUGACUUUGUGCUCCUCGUUGUUUUGUUGUUAAGCUCCGGUGUAAAUCCAGCCACCAACCCAUGUAAUAAUAAUCGGUCUCUAAACGCUGCACUGGCUCGUGUCUAAACUGAGCGGUGAAGAAGAAAGAACCAAUCGAGUGCUGGACAUCGGAGUGUUGUCUGGAAUAUUUAUUGUAGCUGCAGCACCUCUGUGGAUGUUUUUGUUGCUGUAAAUGAAUCUGUUACAGAAAUAAAAACCUUUCAGUCUAAACCUA